AUGACAAAGUCUGAUAAUGCUCAAGGAACUUCUGCUGUUCGAUUACAGAUAGAUACUCCGAAACUUGAACAAUAUCUGUCAACAAAGGUUUCAAAGUUCAAAAUUCCGUUGGAAGUUCGACAAUUUAAAUUUGGACAAAGUAAUCCGACAUAUCUAUUAAUCGACGCAAAUAAAACACGAUAUGUCCUUCGAAAGAAACCACCGGGCGCAUUACUCUCAAGUACCGCCCACGCAGUUGAACGAGAAUUUCGUGUCUUGGAUGCAUUAGGCAAAAAUACUGACGUUCCAGUUCCUAAAGUUUAUCACUUGUGUGAAGAUAAUUCAAUUUUGGGUACCCCUUUCUACGUAAUGGAAUAUUUAGAGGGAAGAAUUUUUGAAGAUAUUCUAUUGUUAUCACUUUCACCAGAAGAUCGACAUAAAUGCUGGUAUGCAGUUAUUGAUACAUUGGCCAAGCUUCAUUCGGUUGAUUAUAAAGCAAUCGGAUUAUCAGGUUAUGGAAAAUCUUCAGGAUUUUAUACACGUCAAAUUCGUUCCUUGGUUAAAGUGUCAGCCGCUCAAGCUGCUGUUAAAGAUGACAGUGGGAACGAAGUCGGCUCGUUACCUAGACUUGAUGAAAUGAUUAGUUGGUUUAAAAGGAAUUUGGUUGAUGACGAGGCCACCAUUAUACACGGAGAUUUUAAGCUAGAUAAUUUGAUCUUUCAUCCAACAGAACCGAGAGUCAUUGGAAUUUUGGAUUGGGAAUUAUCAACGAUCGGACAUCCUUUAUCGGAUUUAGCAAAUUUAUUAAUGAGUUUCUAUGUUAAGGAGGGUUUUGAAUUGCUCAUAGGGUUAUUAGACAAGCCUGAUUUACCUAUUCCUUCGGCCGAUGAAUUGAUCAAAACUUAUUGUGCGAAAGUAGGAAGAAGUUAUCCCAUACCAAGAUAUAAAUUUAGUAUCGUAUUCUCAUUUUUUAGGUUGGCUGUAAUCACUCAAGGUAUUGCAGCUAGAAUUGCUAGGAAUCAAGCUAGCUCUACCGAAGCUAAAAAAUAUGCAAGAUUAUUUAGACCUCUAACCCUUCGCGGUUUACAAAUCAUAGAUGAAUGUGGUGAUUUAUCAUCAAAGAGUAAACUUUAA